CCGCGCAGAGCGAGCCGCGGAGCCACGGACGGGCCGCCGGACGGACGGACGGACGGACGGACGAGGCAUGCAGGCGGCCUGGCUCUAGCCCGGGUUGCGGGGCUCCAGCCGCAGCUAUGGAGCAGCGGCUGCGUGCGCUGGAGCAGCUGGUACGGGGCGAGGCCGAUGGCAGCCCGGGGCUCGACGGCCUCCUGGAUCUGCUGCUGGGGCUGCACCACGAGCUCAGCAGCGCCUCCCUGCGCCGGGAGCGCAAUGUGGCGCAGUUUCUGAGCUGGGCCGGCCCCUUUGUAACAAAAGUGAGAGAGCUGCGUCUGCGGAGAGAUGACUUUGAGAUCUUGAAGGUGAUUGGCAGAGGGGCCUUUGGGGAGGUCGCUGUGGUUAGACAGAGGGACAGUGGCCAGAUUUUUGCCAUGAAGAUGCUGCAUAAAUGGGAGAUGCUGAAGAGGGCUGAGACGGCCUGUUUCCGGGAGGAGCGAGAUGUUCUCGUGAAGGGAGACAGCCGCUGGGUAACUGCUCUGCACUACGCCUUCCAAGAUGAGGAAUACCUGUACCUGGUGAUGGAUUACUACGCUGGCGGGGACCUCCUCACGCUGCUGAGCCGCUUUGAGGACCGCCUCCCGCCGGAGCUUGCCCAGUUCUAUCUGGCCGAGAUGGUGCUGGCCAUCCACUCCCUGCACCAGCUGGGCUAUGUCCACAGGGAUGUCAAGCCUGACAACAUCCUGCUUGACAUGAAUGGCCACAUACGCUUGGCAGACUUUGGCUCCUGCCUGCGUCUCAACAACAAUGGCAUGGUGGAUUCAUCAGUCGCAGUUGGGACCCCAGACUACAUCUCUCCUGAGAUCCUGCAGGCCAUGGAGGAAGGCAAGGGCCACUAUGGCCCUCAGUGUGACUGGUGGUCACUGGGAGUCUGUGCCUAUGAGCUGCUCUUUGGGGAGACACCCUUUUAUGCGGAAUCUCUGGUAGAAACCUACGGCAAGAUCAUGAACCACGAGGACCACCUCCAGUUCCCCUCAGACGUGCCCGAUGUGCCCGCCAGUGCCCAGGACCUCAUCCGACAGCUGCUGUGCCGCCAGGAGGAACGGCUUGGUCGUGGUGGACUGGAUGACUUCCGGAACCACCCUUUCUUUGAAGGUGUGGAUUGGGAGAAGCUUGCAACCAGCACGGCCCCCUACAUCCCUGAGCUUCGUGGACCUGUGGACACCUCUAACUUCGAUGUGGAUGACGAUACCCUCAACCAUCCAGAGACGCUACCACCACCCUCUCAUGGGGCCUUCUCAGGCCACCACCUGCCAUUUGUAGGCUUCACCUAUACCUCAGGCAGCCCUGGUGAUGAGAAGGGCACUGAGCUAGUGGCUGCCCCAGAGCGGAAGCUCCACCACGUGGAGCAGGAGAAGGUGGAGCUCAGCCGGAAGUGUCAAGAGGCCCUGCAUGGUACCUUACAGCCCCAGGAGCUGGUGUGGCUGCAGAAGGAGGUACAGAUUCUUCAGGAGAGACUGGCAGAGACCCUGAGGGACAGCAAGGCCUCCUUCUCACAGACUGACGGCCUCCCUGCUGGGAGCCCAGGCCCGGAUUUCCAGCUACAGCAGGAGAAGGACCGCCUCCAGCAGGAGCUGACCGAAGCCCAAUCGGCACUGCGGGUGCAGGCUGCCGAGCUGAGCCGAGCCCAGGACCGGCAGGAAGAGUUCCUCCAGAGGCUGUGGGAGGCCCAGGAGAGGGAGGCGGCCACAGCCAGCCAGAUCCAGGCCCUGAGCUCCCAGCUGGAGGAAGCCUGGGUUGUCCGGAGAGAGCUGGAAGGCCAGGUGGCCGCCCUGAGUCAGGAGGUGACAAGGCUCCGGGGACAAUGUAAACAAAGCCGUGAGAAGGAUUCUUCCCAGGCCAAGACCAUCCGUGCGGCCCCUGAGACCAAUGGCAUGGGAUCACCCGAGGGUCAGUCUCAAGAGGCCCAGCUGAGGAAGGAGGUGGCCGCUCUGAGGGAGCAGCUGGAGCAUGCCUGCAGCCAGGGGACCAGUGUUGGGAAAGAGGAGGCCCUGUGCCGGCUGCGGGAGGAAAACCAGCGGCUGAGCCGGGAGCAGGAGCGGCUGGCAGAAGAGCUGGAGCUGGAGCUACAGCGCAAACAGCGUUUGGAGGGUGAACGGCGGGAGACCGAGAGCAACUGGGAGGCCCAGAUUGCUGACAUCCUGAGCUGGGUGAAUGACGAGAAGGUCUCGAGAGGCUACCUGCAGGCCUUGGCUACUAAGAUGGCUGAGGAGCUGGAGUCCUUGAGAAAUGUGGGCACCCAAACACUCCCUUCCCGGCCUCUGGACCACCAGUGGAAGGCACGGAGGCUGCAGAAGAUGGAGGCCUCGGCCCGGCUGGAGCUUCAGUCAGCGCUGGAAGCUGAGAUCCGGGCCAAGCAGGGUCUGCAGGAGCGGCUGACCCAGGUGCAGGAGGCCCAGCUGCAGGCAGAACGCCGCCUGCAGGAGGCUGAGAAGCAACGCCAGGCCCUGCAGCAGGAGGUGGCCGAGCUACGGGAGGAGCUCCGAGCCCGGGGGCCCGGGGAUGCCAAGCCCUCCGCCUCCCUCAUCCCGCUCCUGUCCUUCUGGAACACCGAGAAGGAUUCUGCCAAGGACCCUGGCAAUUCGGGAGAGGCCCCAAGGUCUGGAGCAGAAGCAGAGCUGAGGCCAGAGGGCCGCCGCAGUCUGCGCAUGGGGGCUGUGUUCCCCAGAGUGCCCGCUGCCACCGCUGCCCCUGCAGAAGGUCCUCCUGCUAAGCCCGGCUCACACACACUGCGUCCCCGGAGUUUUCCAUCGCCUACCAAGUGUCUCCGCUGUACCUCGCUGAUGCUGGGCCUGGGCCGCCAGGGCCUCGUCUGUGACACCUGCGGCUACUUUUGUCACUCAGCCUGUGCCCCACAGGCCCCACCCUGCCCCGCCCCUGAACUCCUCCGCACGGCCCUGGGAGUGCACCCCGAAACAGGCACAGGCACUGCCUAUGAGGGCUUCCUGUCGGUGCCGCGGCCCUCAGGCGUCCGGCGGGGCUGGCAGCGUGUGUAUGCUGCGCUCAGUGACUCCCGCCUGCUGCUGUUCGACGUCCCUGAUCCUCGAGGAGGCCUGGCCAGUGGGGUCCUCCUGCAGGCCUUGGAUCUGAGGGAUCCCCAGUUCUCCGCUACCCCUGUCUUGGCCUCAGAUGUCAUCCAUGCUCAAUCCAAGGACCUGCCACGCAUCUUUAGGGUGACAGCCUCCCAGCUGACGGUGCCACCCACCACAUGCACCGUGCUGCUGCUGGCUGAGAACGAGGGGGAGCGGGAGCGUUGGCUGCAGGUGCUGGGCGAGCUGCAGCGGCUGCUACUGGACGCGCGUCCCAGGCCCCGGCCCGUGUACACCCUCAAGGAGGCCUAUGACAACGGGCUGCCGCUGCUGCCCCACACGCUCUGUGCUGCCAUCCUUGACCAAGAACGGCUUGCCCUGGGCACUGAGGAGGGGCUGUUUGUGAUCCAUCUUCACAGCAAUGACAUCUUCCAGGUGGGGGACUGCCGCAGGGUGCAGCGGCUGGCUGUGAGCUCUGCUGCCGGCCUGCUGGCUGUGCUCUGUGGCCGUGGUCCCAGCGUGCGCCUCUUCGCCCUGGCUGAACUGGAGAACGCGGAGGCGGCAGGUGCCAAGAUCCCCGAAUCCCGAGGUUGCCAGGCUUUGGCAGCCGGACGCAUCCUGCAGGCCCGGACGCCGGUGCUCUGCGUAGCAGUCAAACGCCAAGUGCUCUGUUACCAGCUGGGCCCAGGCCCAGGCCCCUGGCAGCGCCGAAUCCGAGAGCUGCAAGUGCCAGCUCCAGUGCAGAGCCUGGGCUUGCUGGGUGAUCGGCUCUGUGUGGGGGCUGCGGGCACCUUCUCUCUCUACCCGCUGCUCAAUGAGGCUGCACCCUUAGCGCUGGGGACCGGCCUGGUGCCGGAGGAGCUGCCGGCGUCCCGCGGGGGCCUGGGGGAGGCACUGGGUGCUGUGGAACUCAGCCUCAGCGAGUUCCUGCUGCUCUUCGCCACGGCGGGUGUCUACGUGGACGGCGCUGGCCGCAAGUCACGAAGUCACGAGCUACUGUGGCCAGCGGCACCGACCGGCUGGGGUUACACAGCACCCUACCUAACAGUGUUCAGUGAAAACUCCAUUGAUGUGUUUGAUGUACGCAGAGCAGAAUGGGUGCAGACUGUGCCGCUCAAGAAGGUAAGACCCCUGAAUCCAGAGGGCUCUUUGUUCCUCUACGGCACCGAGAAGGUCCGCCUGACCUACCUCAGGAACCCAUUGGCAGAGAAGGACGAGUUUGACAUUCCCGACCUCACUGACAACAGCCGACGCCAGCUGUUCCGCACCAAGAGCAAGCGCCGAUUCUUCUUCCGGGUGUCUGAUGAGCUGCGACAGCAGCAGCGCAGGGAGAUGCUGAAGGACCCUUUUGUGCGCUCCAAGUUCAUCUCUUCACCCACCAACUUCAACCACCUGGUACACGUAGGCCCUACGGACGGGAGGCCUAGUGCCAGGGACGGGGCCAGGGAACAGAGGAGCAGAGGUGCCCGCAGCUCCGGGCCACAGCGGCCUCACAGCUUCUCAGAGGCAUUGCGGCGCCCAGCGUCCAUGGGUAGUGAUGGCCUUCCUGGAGAGACAGACCCCAUGAAGAGGAAACCUUGGACAUCUCUGUCCAGCGAAUCAGUGUCCUGCCCCCAGGGGUCCCUGAGCCCUACAGCAUCCCUGAUACAGGUGAGCAGCCAGUGGGUAGGGCUUCUCCCCCUGCAAAGUCCAGACAGCCUUUGGCUAAGCUCUGCAUUGGGACAGGAAGCCAGAGGCCCACCUGAGCACAUAAGGUCUACAGAGUUACUUACUUCAGCCCUGGAGGCACGAAGAGCCAUCUGCAACUCCUGGCUCUCCAGUCCCUAGCCGUGUGCUCCCAGUCAGGGAGGACCAACCCCCUUGAGCUUGUCCCACCUGCAGAGUGAAGAUGUUACCCUGUCACCUGUGUGAGGGGACGAUGCACAGUGCCAGAUGCGUGGGAGCAGUGUAACAGGAGCUCUUGAGAUCGUGUGUGUAACGUGUGUGAGAGUGCAGGUGUAGACAUGCCGCACCACGCAUGUGGAGGUCAGAGGACAACUUGUUUCUGCCCUGUGUGCUCCAGGCUGGGUAGCGCACAAACUUCCAGCUGAUACUCCUGUCUCUGUCUCCCAUCUCACCAUAGGCAUGCUGGGAUUGCAGAUGUGUGACUAGAUCUGGCUUUUUACCUCGGGUAAAGCUUAAACUCAGGUCAUCGGGGUUUUGUGGCAAUCAUUUCUAUCUGCUGAGCCAUUUCCCAA